UCGAGGAUAAGCCAAUAUUAGUUCCAUGCAAUUAAACCGAUGGAGCACGUCAACGCACCAGCUGGUGGAGGCAACAACCAUAUCGCCAUAACCCUACCGCUUGUGGCGGCCUUCUUCCUCGUCGCCGCCGGCUCCCCCCAUUCAAUGGCCGCAACUGUUCCGGCCCACAAGUCCUCCUCCGAUCUCAAGCUGCCAAUCGUAGCUGCCCGCACAGCUGUGAAAGAUAAUGAAGAAGCAUGUUGCGACGAGUGUGGAAUCUGCAUGAAAACAUGGCCACCGAUAUGCAACUGCAGGGACGUGCACAAGGAAUGUCCGUCUUGGUGCUUAUUAUGCGAGGAUGUUGAAGGCGGCAAGGUGUGCGCAGACUUCAGGGUCAACUACUGUAAGAAUGGCUGCAAUACAAGGAAAGAUCGGUGCUGCAAUAAGUGUGGAGUUUGCGCACUAACCGUGCCUCCGAUUUGCAAUUGCAUGGAUGUGGUUGAAGAGUGCCCGUCUUGGUGCGACAGAUGCCAGGAUGUUGACGGGUAUGGCAGAGUGUGUGCGGACUUUAAGCCCAAUUAUUGUGAGAAAUCAUGCGGUACUUAAUUGAGAUCCUUUUAGGUAUGGAAGGACUUAUGAUCGAUCUGUG